GAAUACUGCUUGCCAAAUGAGACUGCCUAUUCGGAGUCGACUCACGCGUAUAGCCUACAUUUGCAAGCAGAAAAUCAUUCAACUAUAAUCAGUUACUGAAGUAUUUUGUCGGGUAUCCCUAUUACACCUAAUCGUGUAAUAUGUACUUAUAUAGCUUUUUAGCUGGACUGGCUAUUUUGCCUUUAUUUUUGUACAUCCGCUUUCCUUACUUAAUACAUGAUUUGCGGUUUUUUGCAAGGAGCAUCCGUUGCGGUAUACAAAUUUCGAAAUACAAAAAGAAAAAGCCAUUCUUUACUAUUUUGGACUGUUUUUUGGACAAGGUGAAGCAGCACCCGGACAAACCUUUUAUUGUUUUUGAGAACAGUACAUACUCCUACUUGGAUGCCGAUAAACAAAGCAACAAAAUUGCCAGAAGUCUGAUGGAGUUUUCUAGUUUGAAGGAAGGGGAUACUGUAGCGCUCUUUUUCGGAAAUGAGCCAAUGUAUGUAUUCCUCUGGUUGGGGCUAUCGAAAAUUGGCUGUAAAAUUGCUCUUUUAAAUCACAGCAUUAGAUCAAAGUCAUUGCUGCACUGUUUCUCGUGUAGCGGAGCAAAUGCGUUAAUUGCUGCUACAGAGCUGAAAGGUGCUGUUGAAGAGAUUCUACCAGCACUGCGGGAGCAGAACAUCUCUGUAUUCAUCCUCAGUGAAGAAUGUAACACAUUGGGGAUCGAAACCCUCUCUGAUAAAAUCAGCAAGGCCUCCGAUAAGCCGCUGUCACCAGACCUGCGGUCAAACGUGAUGUUGAAAAGCCCGGCGCUUUAUAUCUAUACUUCGGGCACCACAGGUCUUCCGAAGGCUGCUGUGAUUACGCACGAGAGGGUGUGGUUAGCGUCGUUUCUUCUGGGGCUAGUUGGAGUGAGCUCAGAUGAUGUACUUUACGUUUGUCUUCCUCUGUACCAUACCUCUGCAUUCCUCAUGGGACUCACUGGUGCAAUUGACAGAGGAAUGACAGUUAUUUUGAGAAGGAAAUUUUCAGCCUCUCAGUUCUGGGACGACUGCAGAAAAUACAAUGUUACAGUGAUACAGUACAUUGGUGAAAUAAUGCGCUACCUCUGCAAUACACCAAAGAAAGUCAGUGACAGAGAUCACAAGGUCCGGAUCGCCGUAGGCAAUGGUAUACGAGCUGACACUUGGUCAGAAUUUCUUCACAGAUUUGGAGAUGUACAGAUCCGUGAAUGUUAUGGUGCCACAGAGGGUAAUGUUGGCUUCAUUAACUAUAUGGGGAAAGUUGGUGCAAUUGGAAAGGACAUUUCUUUCUUGAGGAAAAUCACUCCCUAUGCAUUGAUUAAGUACGACACAGAAAGAGAGGAGCCUGUGCGAGACUCAAAAGGAUUGUGUAUAGAAGUCCCAAGAGGAGAGACCGGCCUUUUUGUUGGGAAGAUAACGAAACUCUCACCUUUCAUUGGAUAUGCUAAAAACAAUGAGCAGACAGAGAAGAAGAGGCUGAAAGAUGUUUUUGAAAAAGGUGACCUUUACUUCAACAGUGGUGAUCUUCUGAAGAUUGACCAGGAUGGAUUUGUCUACUUUCAAGAUCGGAUUGGUGACACGUUCAGAUGGAAGGGGGAGAAUGUGGCAACCAAUGAAGUUACUGAUAUUCUGAUAACAGUGGACUGCAUUGAGGAGGCCAAUGUCUAUGGCGUCAAGGUGCCAGGACAUGAGGGAAGAAUAGGAAUGGCUGCUGUCAAGUUGAAAGAUGGCCAUGAAUUUGAUGGCUCUGACACAUAUGAAUGUGUUAAGACCAGCCUGCCCAUCUAUGCAAGACCUCGCUUUAUUAGGAUUCAGAAUUCCCUGGCACUAACUGGAACAUUCAAGAAGAUUAAAGCGAAGUUGGCAGAGGAUGGUUUCAACCCAGCAACAAUACACGAUCCCUUAUACAUCCUGGAUGAGAAUAAGGGCUACAUUCCAAUGACACAGGAAAUGUAUGAUUCAAUCAGUUCUGGCAGGGUCAGGUUGUGAAAUAGUUAUGGGGAAAUUAAAUGUGCAGAAAUGUUUAUGUGUAAGGGAGACCUAUAAAAUCAUGCAGCUUGUUUUAUGAAUACUAAUAAUUUGAAAUGUUUAAUUUUAUACAUGUUAAUAUGUGUAGCUUUAACAUUUGGCAGUAGCUUUGACUAUAGAUUACUGAAUUGAUUGAAGUUACUCAAAAUGAAUUUCAAAUGCCGGUGUAUCUGUGAAACAAACCUGGGUCAAAUACAUAUUUAAAGUAUUUUAAUUAAUUUUAAAUACUUUUUUUUUAAAUUAUUUGAAAUUCAGCAUUUACAAAUAGAGAGUAUUUCAAUUACAAAAUGUAUUUGAAAAUACAUUUAAGGAGCAUUUGCAUGUAUUUGCUAUUACUUUCAAAUAUGUCUUUAAAAACAUUUAAAAUACUGAAUUUUCAAAUACAAAGUGUUGAUUUAAUUUAAUUAUUUGAAAAUAAUUUCACAACAUAAGGCCAGUGGUGCGACAUGCGCAAUUGCACCAAAAUGUUGACAGACUUAAAAAGUACUGGAUAUGCGAGAACCUAUCAGCUCUGAAAGCUGAACAUUUUGUUUAUUAAGAUGACAGUAAAUUAGAUGACAGUAUUUUGAUGAGCAUGCCUCAGGUGACUACUGAUGGCCCCAGUCCAACUGUACCGAUUUCCAUUGUUAUUUGGUAGUGAAUAUGCACGGCUGAUUUCUAUUUUAUCUGUGUUUAACUUUACAAAAUGUAAAGGAUGGAACUGUACAUAUGGCUGUCAAAUGCUCUGACAACAUAAAAAAGAGGAAAUACAGUAAAAGGCCACUAACUUUAAAAAGAUUGCAUGGGUACAAAUAAACUGGCAAGUAGCUUAUCAAGAAGUCUGAGUUUGCCAUCCCCCCCCAUGCAAAGACAUGUACGGGCAUAUAAGCUGCUGUCCGUUAGAGGCAGCCCAUGAGUUGUUUAAAAUUGCCAACGUAGACUACCCUUGCUUCAUAGUCUAAAUUCAAUGCCUAGCCCCUAUUAGUUCCCCUGGAGUGCCCUCAGUAUUAUAGCUUGCUGACAUCACAUUGAAUGUGUAUUUACAUGCAUUUUCAAAUCCAAAUCCAAAUAUGUAUUUGUAUUUGACCCAGGUCUGCUGUGAAGUGAAUGCAUUAACAUUGUGUAUAGAAAUGUAUGUUUUAUAUGGAAGACCAAAUGUGACAAAAUUUUAAAAAAUUAAUUGAUAAUUAAAUGAACGGAUUGUUUAAUAUAAACGCCAUGAAAUAAAUUGAUAAUGAAAUAAA